CGUUUGUCGCCCGCCUUUCCCGCUUUCGGACCCGUCUUCGAAGCUGUUCUCCUCUUCUUCGAUCGUCUUCUGCCUAAUCUUUCACCCGAUCUCCUCCUCUUGUAAUCAUUCUACGUAGAUUUCCACUUGCUCUUCUCUUCUUUAGAUCCACAGUCAUUGCAAUUCCUCUUUAGGUCCAUGGUCAUUGCAAUUCCACCGCUCGACCUCGCCGAUUUUUUCCCCAUUUUUUCGGGGUUUUUGUCCUUGUUUUCUUGAGAUCUUGGUCCAAAUGCCCUAAAGGGUACCCUUUUGAUGCUAUCUCGAGGCUUCGUUUGCAGGCUUCUCCUUUGAAUAAUGACAAUAAUCAAAUUUUGAAGGGCCAUUAUUUGGAACAGAGUUUAUUCUUGCAUGUCCUUUGCUACAAUGGAAAGUGGAAAUAAAGAUGAGAAGAAUUUGGCUAGUGCAUUGGUUUCAGAUAAUUCCUCAGACGACGCCCUUGAUCCUCUAGGUAAAGGUGAUGGGGGAUUGUCAAGUGAAGUAAAAUCUUUAAAUGCUAAUGAGGAAUCUCCAAAGGCUCACCAAGAAAGGUAUGGUGAAGGCUCCAAACAGCAAGUGCAUGAAACUGAAAAUCAAGCUGAAGUCUCGAGACAGCAGGUGCAUGUAGGUGAAGAACAAGAUGGAGUAUGGAAACAGCAGGUGCUUGAAAGUGAAAAUCAAGGUGAAGUUUCGAAACAGCAGGUGCAUGAAAGUGAAAAUCAAGUUGAAGACUUGAAGCUGCAGGUGCAUGAAAGUGAAAAUCAAUCUGAAGGCUUGAAAUUGGAAGUGCAUGAAAAUAGGAAUUUGGAGUCUGAGGAUUCAAAAGAACCAAACCAAAGCACAGAGGAAGUUCUUGCUGAGGAAAAGGAAGCAGAUCCUGUUUUCGAUGGAACAGAGGCUCCUGAACUGGAAGCAACCAGGAGUCCAUUGGGUCAGCCUUUGGAACUUGAUUCCGAAGAACAGGGACGUGCCUGGCCUGAAAAAGCUGUUGCACUGAAAAACUUUGUUAAGGAGAAGGGAGUAGUUGCAGUUUCAACUGUUCUUCGCCGUCUUUCUGGCAGAAAGGAUGAAGAUGGGCUUCCUGAUGGGGAUGAGAAGAAGGGCAAUGGUGAGGAAGAGCAUUCUAGCUCAGAUCCCAAACUAAAAGAGGUCUCACAGAAGGCUGGGGAACAAUCUACAUGGAAUCCUCUAAACUAUAUCAAGAUUGGACGUGAAUCAGAUAUUCAAAGUAAGCCUGAACAGGUAGAGAAUGUCCAAGUUGAAAGCUCAGUUGAAGAACAGGUUGUGAAGGGAAGAAUUAUAGUAUACACAAGGUUGGGAUGUCAGGAUUGCAAAAUGGUGAGGUUAUUCAUGCAUCAGAAGAGGCUCAAAUAUGUUGAAAUCAAUAUUGAUAUCUUCCCUAGCAGGAAGAUGGAGCUGGAGAAAAAUGUGGGAUCUUCAGCUGUUCCUCGGGUGUUCUUUAAUGAUUUUCUCAUUGGGGGGCUGAGUGAAUUGAGGGCCAUGGAUGAGUCUGGGAAGCUUGAUGAGAAGAUUAAUAAUCUUUUCGCUGAAGAACCCUCACCUGCCGCUCCUUUGCCACCAUUGCCCGGUGAAGAUGAUGAGUCUGGUAGUGGGAAGAUUGAUGAGUUGGCCCCUAUAGCUAGAAAGAUGAGAGAAUCAAUUAUUCCUAGGGAUAGAUUCUAUAAGAUGCGAAGGUUUAGCGAUUGCUUUCUUGGAUCUGAGGCUGUGGAUUUCUUGUCAGAGGAUCAGUACUUGGAGAGAGAAGAGGCAGUGGAAUUUGCAAGAAAGCUUGUCAAGCUAAACUUUUUCCGGCAUGUUAUGGAUGAGAAUAUAUUUGAAGAUGGAAACCAUUUGUACCGAUUCUUGGAGCAUGAUCCCGUAGUCAUCACUCAAUGCUACAACAUCCCUAGGGGUACAAUUGAUGUAAAACCUAAGCCUCUUACUGAAAUAGCGUCAAGGUUAAGGUUUCUGUCAUAUGCAAUUUUUGAAGCAUAUGUAUCUGAAGAUGGCCAACAUGUUGACUACGGAAGCCUUUAUGGUUCUGAAGAGUUCAAAAGGUACUUAAGGAUAAUAGAGGAACUUCAAAGAGUGGAGUUGGAUGGCUUAUCACGGGAAGAAAAGCUUGCUUUCUUCAUAAACCUUUAUAACAUGAUGGCCAUUCAUGCAAUAUUGACAUGGGGUUAUCCUACUGGAGCUUUGGAGAGGAGAAAGUUUCUUGGUGAUUUUAAGUAUGUUGUUGGUGGAUGCACCUAUUCGCUGUCAGCUAUCUACAAUGGAAUCUUACGGGGAAAUCAACGGCCGCCAUACAAUCUCAUCAAGCCAUUUGGUCCAAGAGACAAACGCUUUAAGGUGGCUCUCCCAUAUCCAGAACCACUGGUUCACUUUGCCCUGGUAUGUGGCACUAGAUCUGGGCCUGCACUUAGGUGCUACUCGCCAGGAAAUAUUGACAAAGAACUGAUGGAGGCUGCACGUGGUUUUCUGAGGAAUGGAGGGUUAAUUAUCGAUGCUGAAGCAAAGAUUGCUUCUGUAAGCAAGAUCUUGCAGUGGUAUAAAGGGGAUUUUGGGAAGAAUGAGGUAGAAGUAUUGAAGCAUGCAGCAAACUACCUGGAGCCAGCAAAGUCAGAGGAGCUGUUAGAGUUGCUGGCAAACUCUCAGUUGAAGGUGACAUAUCAGCCUUAUGACUGGGGUCUAAACUGUUAGUUAUACACUAAAAUUAUGUAAUUAUAUGCACCAGACAUUGUUGAACUUGCACAAUGGGGGGUCGUAGAAACUGGCCCCCAUCUGAGUCCAAGAUUAUAUCUAAAAGCUGUGAUUGAACUAAAUUUUGGUUCCAUAAUUUUAUAUUGGACAAGGGUUACUGUUAAUGUCCGAGCCUGGACAAAUUAAGCCGAAGUAGUAAGUCUUGGUGGCAUUGGUUCCCAGGUCAGGCUAGCUUCAUUCUCCAGCCAUCUGACGCUGCCUUGACCUUGUCAAAUCCUCCAAAUUUGAACUGCUGAAAAAUGUUGUUCGCAUAAAUAAUUCAGAAGGACAAUUAAAUCCACAUCGAGCAUCCUAUGGCAUAUUAAUAUAAGCAUAUUUUGACCAUUCCAAACUAAGUUUCCUUGGCGGCCAAUCCACCUUCCAAAGUUUCAGCUCUUAUAAAUCCUUGUCUUCAUGGAUUCAACACGACAACAGAGUCUUGCCAGGUAAAAGGAGGAAGAAAAGAAGGGGAAGUCUCUGAAAUCUCCAUAUUAAUUCUUGCUGGUUAUGGCUCCCAUGGGUGUCGAUGUAGCUGAAAUAUGUGUCCUCAAGAAGCUGCAUAAAGAGAAGAUAAAAAAAAGAAGAGAAGGAGACAGCGGUUCCAAGGAGAAGAAAUCUAGGUGGGGUAUACUUCGAAUGGUUAAGCAAGUUCAUCCAAGUACUGCACCAAAAGUGAAAAAUGACAAGUUGGGUAGUUAAUGCGUGCCCCACCUUGACUAAGGAGUGGUUGCUUAAAGGAAGGUGGUGUAAUUCGCUUGUAUGAAAUGUUUGUUUAUAAGAUUCUACAUGGUAGUUAAUCAUCAGUCACAUUCUUUUUGUUAUCUAUGAGUAAAUCUAUUCGUUCGAA